AUGCUGGGUGCGUUUUUCACCAACUUCACCUUGCAGGAGGAGCCCCGUUAUAUUCUUUUUACCCACAUGCUGAUCAAUGAUACUGCCAGCCUGAUCAUAGGACUCUUUCUCUUCUUCACCUACUCAUUUCGAAUUUACUUCCCUGUGCCAGUUUGCUACAUAUUAGUGACUGCAUCUUCCGUGGCCUUCAAAGUGACCCCAUACAACCUAGCGGUGAUGUGCUUGGAACGCUUUGUGGCCAUCUGUUUCCCAUUACGACACACAGAGUGGUGCACCCCUCAGAAGACCUUAUUGGCCAUUGUGGCCAUUUGGAUAAUUGGGUUGAUACCUAACGUGAUCGAUUUCAUAAUUUUGUGCUCUUCAGUUCGUAGUGAUUACUUCUUUGUUUACUGUUUCUGUGUAAGAGCUGAUUUAAUUAGGAACGGAGCCCAAGAUACCGUGAGGACUUUGACCCACAUCUCUGGCUUUUCUUUGGUGGGGUUCAUCAUUGUGUUCACCUACAUCAAUAUCAUGUUGGUUGUUAUGAAAUUUGGCUCAGGAAAAACAGUAGCUUCCAAGGCUGGUAAAACAGUCAUGCUCCAUGCGUUUCAGCUUUUGCUUUAUAUGACCGCCUUCUUCUACAACGUGAUCGAAGUGUACCUGAGAAAAUACUUCCUUUUGUUACCAUUGAUCAAUUUUUUCUUCUUCAUGUUUCUCCCACGGUUCAUUAGUCCCUUAAUCUAUGGCUUUUGGGAUGAAGAAUUCUUCAAAUACAUAAAGCGAAUUGUCCUUUGUAAAUCUCUACGAACUUUCCCAAAUUCUGGGACAAUUUAA